CACUUGGCCGCACGGAGGCUGGCGGAUCUCCGUUGUGGCGACCACGUCUCACAUGGUGACAACCGUAACUUAUAAAUGAGAAUACUGAAGGAUUACUCCCGGAAAUAAUCACACCGAGUGUACAAGCGACAUGGACUCCAAACGCCAAAGUGUUGUGACGGAGCGACUCGUGAACGAGCUGAGCUCUCUGCUGAAGAUGCUGGACCACGAGACGGUCAGUCCCGCCACAGCCGACAAGAUGGCCUCCGUCCGAAACAUCCUGGACUCGAUGCAGCUGUCGGUCAAUGGAUCAGACGUCUACAUGAACAGCUGUCUCUAUGGCAACGGCACCAGUUUUGUAGAGUCGCUGUUUGAGGAUUUUGACUGUGAUUUGCACAUGCUCAGUGCAUCUCCAGUGGAGCAGAACGAGCAGAAAGAAGUAGAAGAAGAAGAAGAAGAGAAAGAAGAAGAAGAAGAAGAAGAGGAGAAGACUCAUCUCAAUAAAUCUACACCGACUGACACGCCCCCUCCUCUGCCAACCACCCCCCUCCCCGAUGAAUACUAUGAAGAGGCUGUUCCUCUAGAUCCUGGAUCCACCCCCCAGUACUUUACCACCAACAUGACCACUUCCAGGAACUCUGUGGAGGACGCCUACUAUGAAGACGCAGACGAUAACUACCCCAUCACAAGGAUUAACGGGCGGCCCAAAAGCUCCUACAAUGACUCUGAUGCUCUGAGCAGCUCGUAUGAAUCUUACGAAGAGGAAGAGGAAGAGGAGGCCAAAGGGCGAGAACAAUCUCAGGGAUGGACAGCUGAGGAGAGUCCCGAUGGCCCCGUUAAAGACUGCCACAUCUGUGCCUUUCUCCUGCGGAAGAAACGCUUCGGCCAAUGGGCGAAGCAGUUAGUCGUUGUCAGAGACAAUAAACUGCAGUGCUAUAAGAGCAUCAAAGAGAGCACUCCCUACACGGAGCUCCCGCUGAAUCUGUGCAACGUCAUAUACGUCCCGAAGGAAGGCCGGAAAAAGAGACACGAACUGCGCUUCUCGUUGCCGGGAGGCGAAGUUCUGGUCCUGGCGGUUCAGAGUAAAGAGCAGGCCCAGCGGUGGCUCAAGGUGGUGCAAGAUGUCGGAAGCCAAUGUAACAACACUGAAGGAUCCACCUCCCCCAUCAUACAGAGGAAGUUGGAGCUUGACAAGGUGCUGCAGUGUGAGCGGCAGGCUUCAGAUUCAGACAGCGGGCCGACAGCAGAAAACCAGUCGGCUGCACUGGGACCAGGACGGGACACCAGUGACUCCCUGAACAGGGGGAAGCGCGGAGCCUUCUCCGAGCUGACGGGGUCGAUGAGCAGAGCGGCCGGGAAGAAGAUCAACCGGAUUAUCACGUUCUCCAAACGGAAACCGCCGUUGCCAGGAGAGCCUCCCUCGUCUUCCGGUCACCAUGACAACCCACGCUGUGGCUUCCUCAGUGUGUGUGUGAGCGGCUCAUGGAAGGAGCGCUGGUGUGUCGUGCGAGGAGGAAGCUUGUACCUCCACAAGGAGCCCGGGGACCGGCGGCCCGCGGUCGCCGUGGUACCGCUCCACGGCGCGGAGGUGGCAACGGGCGGCCUGGGCCCCAAACACCCCUUUUCCUUCUGCAUCCUGCAGGCCGGCAGCGAACUGGCAUCUCUAGAGGCCGGCUGCUCGGAGGACCUCGGCCGCUGGCUGGGCGUGUUGUUUGCCGAGACGGGCAGCACCGCUCUGCCCGAAGAGCUGCAUUACGACUACAUCGACGUGGACACGCUCACCGACAUCCGGCACGCUGCGAGGAACUCCUUCCUGUGGGCCACGACCACGGCGACGUCCUCCAGCAUCGCUUCCACAGACUUCGGAACGUAUGAUGAGGUCUAUGAAAGUGUCGCGGAAGGGGAUGUUGAGAGCACAUCUGGACAGGUGAGACGUCACGCCUCCUUCUCCAGCAGGGACUCUGAAAAGACUGAACAACAGGCAGCCGUCAAGAGACACGCGUCAAAUGUGAAUCAGUAUGGACGGUAUGGCAAGACGCGAGCAGAGGAGGACGCCAGGCGCUACCUGACUCAGCAAGAGGAACUGGAGAAGCAAAAGGAGGAGCUCAGACACGCACUGGUUUCCCUUCGCAGGGAGAAGAAGGAGGUGAAGGAGGUGACAGGUCAUGGUGUGGAACAGCGGUUAGCCAAGCUGGAGACGCUGUGUAAACAGAAAGAGGAGGAGAGGGUGGAACUGGAGCUCAGACUCACAGAGGUCAAAGAAAACCUGAAGAAAUCAUUGGCUCGAGGAGCCCUGGCUCCGCCCACUGACACCAAGAUCUACGUCAAGCCACAGGGCAGAAAGGUGGAGAAGGUCUACAACGAGACUGGGCCCGUCCACUCAGCAACUGAGCUUCGUAAACGCUCACCGCCUCUUUACGCCUCCUCCAAGGGGAACGUCAUGCAGAAGGCAAAGGAGUGGGAGUCGAAGAAGGGCACCUAGACUGAACAGAAACGGAUCUCCAGAUGGAUUCAUGGAGGAAUGAAGCCGAGCUGUGAGGGGAGGAUGUGUUAAAAGAAGAAACUGGCACUGGGAAGAAGAGGAAAGAGAUGAGGAAGAAGAAGCAGAGGUAAAAGAGGAAGAGGACAGACUCUGACACAAUCUUCCCUCCUCUUACCGAUCAAGAAAAGGAGGAGCCUAAGCAAGUCGAGCAGCACGGUGCCGUCUCAGCCGCUGUAAAUAUGACAGGCGUCACUGAUGUAUUAAUGUGGAUCACCAUGAACAGCAGAGUUUACAUGUGUGUUUACAUCGGGCGGCACGACGUCAACAUGUGAUGUCAUAGAAAUGCAUCGCAGAGCGAGUGUGGUUCACACACUGAGUUCAGAGUUACAGGCAAGACGUCCACAGAUUUAUUCCUUUUAACAGGAUACUUGUCAAUGUAAAAUAAAAUAAGUAAAGAAAUUAUUAUUAUUAUUAUUAUAAAGUUAUCUUUAUUAAUAACAGAAGUUUCCCACAUGUUGGUGUAUUUAAGCCAUAAGGAAAGCAUAUUGAGUAUGACACUGUUCCUGAGUCGAUGUUUAUUACUGCAAUGUGAAACGUUUGUUUGUGAACGUUUCUUUGUGUAAUCUCUUUGCCUUUUGCACUUUAUCUUGUUGUAUUUUGUGACUUCGAAUUCCUGUAAAUAAACGCUUUGAGCGAACACA